CUGUAAACAAUAACAAUCAAUCGUGGUGAACCGUGGAACCCCGGAGUCUUCCCCUCCCCCCGACCGACGCGACCGGCAGAGCGUGGUCCCGUGACUUGUCCCCGAUGCGACCAAAACCCCCCCGUAACUCCAUGACAUCACCGAGAUUUCUCCCUUUCUUGGUCCAUCGUUGCUCGCCUUGCUUGUUUGUCCCUUUGCUCUCGGCCUUCCUUGCUGCCCCCUUCCCAACCCUUCUUCAUGGCGCCCGAUUUCGGUCAACAACAUUCAACUCAUUCGGGUCAGUCCCAAAUUUGUGCCCAAGGCGAGAUUCUCCUUUCACCUCUUUGAUGCCUCAUUUGGUCCAUCCCACCUGCAAUGGUGCUGGGAUCCCGUAACUAGUGAGUCUAGAUACGAUCGGGGAAGCGAUCUGCAGAACUAUCGCCUACCCGUUUCUAAGUGACCCAGAUCUUCGUCCUCUGGCCAUGUGUUUUCGUUUACUCAGUAAACAAACUGGCCUGUUGUUGCCACCUAGAUCCGAUUUCACCGAGUAGUUGAAGACAUACAUAGAUGUG